AUGGAGAAGCAGCCGGCGGCCGGCAACGACGUCAACCUGGACCUGCGCCUCGUCCACCACCCGGCGGCGGCGUCCCGCAGGCACCGCGACCUGCCGUCUCCGGCUGCCGCCGCCAACGAGCCCGACCGCACCUUCUCGUGCACCUACUGCCGGCGCAAAUUCUUCAGCUCGCAGGCGCUGGGCGGCCACCAGAACGCGCACAAGCUGGAGCGCAGCCUCGCCAAGCGCAGCCGCGAGCUCUCCGGCGCCGUCGCGGCCGGCGCGGCCGUCUCCUCCUCCUCCUCCUCCGUGGGCGCGGCGGCCUCCGAGAUCGGCAGCUGGUACCCGGCGCCGCACGCCUGGGGCGCGGGGGACCAGGCCGCCGCCACCGCGGCCGUCGUGAGCUGGAUCGCCGACGGCGGGCGCCGGCACGCGUACCGCGUGCAGGCCGCCGCCGCGGCCGGCGACGGCGCCGACGACAUCGACCUCUCGCUCAAGCUGUAA